UUUUUAGUAACACCAAGGUAUGGCAGCGCCGUAAGUUCCUCUGCACAGAAAAAUAAAAACUAAUGAAUAAAAUGAAGCAGAAAUAAAGUGCAAUAAUCUUCCGACAACGAGAGGUUACAAGUGCAAUACACCAUGGCUGCAAAGGAGACGAUGAUUGUGUUUGUCUACGACACAGAGUGUCUCACAGACGAGGCGGAUGAUCCCAUAUCGGCGGUGCUCUACUUCCACCCAAGCUGGGUGUCCGACUCCCAGAAGGUGGCACUGUGUGGUCAGCUGAUGGGCACGUCGUACUUCCUCAAGGAUUGCUUCUUUAAUCCCCGCAUCUUGGCCCUGCAGAAUGGAAAGUUUGUGCUGAAGGAAUUCGGCCGUUUUAUUCUGGCAAUUGGCACUGAUCGAAAUAUUGGAGAUCAACUGUUGGAACAUCGCGCUGACCUGCUGAGUUCCUUGCUCAAGUUUUUCCACCGUGAUGUGCAGACCUUGUAUGCACAGUAUGCUGCACCGCCCGCCCUAAACCGCCGGAAUCUCAGCGAGAAACUGUACCACAUUUUUGAAACAUAUCUGCCAAUGCUGCAGCGCAACGGAAAUACAUUUCAAAAUGUGCCGAGGCUGCGAAUGCCAAAGACGGCCAGUCAUAUAUUCCUGGAGGCUAUACAAACGUUGCAAAGUUGCCAGCAGACAAAGGGAAUACUUGGCGGAGCGAUUCUGUACCACAACAAGGUGGUUGCCACGCAACUGAGCGAUAUGGUGACCAAGCAUCUUGUACUCACCGAUCCUCUGCACAUCCGCACUGCGGCCGAGCAAGUAACCAACCAUCCUGAGUUCCACAUACCCAACGGCGUUCAGAUGCUGGUCGUUUAUUUGGAGCAUAUGCAGUACCGGCAGUUAGCUGGUGAGGCACAGCGCGCCCAGAACCUGCAGAUGAACACAGCUCAGCUCACACAAAAUGGGAUGCCGUUUCAGUAUGCCAAGCGUAAGAUAAAGCGGGACAAGUCGCUCAUUUUUACCCACAUACCCGAGGAGGAGCACGCCACGGAGCAGCAGGGAUCAGUUGAGCAGUUACCACCAGCCCGGCCCAAAUCUAUGCGACCCACCCACCUGCCGUUGCGUAUAAAAAGCAUGCAGAGCAAAGAGCUCCCGGAGUCUGGCAUUGCAUCAAUAAAUUUCGACGAAACCGAUUCCUAUCCGCAGUUCAUUGGACGAACCAGCGUUUGCAAUACUCCAAUGACCGAGAACAAGGUACUGCCGGUGGCCAAUGUUAUGUCCAUUUGCGCCAAUCCUGAAGAUGAGGGCAAAGAGGAGGAUAUUCACAAUUCCAAUGGCAAGACACAUUCGCGUCGAAAUUCUCUGAAAGUGGAUGUAGAGAAGUUCUUUCAAAACUUCAUUAGCAAUCCAAACAAACAGCUCACACGACGCAAAUCCUCUGCAGACCUGCAGGAUGCACUUCGCGCCAUCUCCAAGAAACUGAAUAACUUUACGCAUGGCCUCAAAACCGAUGUGAAUCGAAAUGGAAGCGGUAAUGGAGAUGUCUCUUCGGAUUCGCCGGAUUUCAUAGAGGACGAUGAUAAGAUCACUUCCCGGACCAUCAGCGAUCCCACCUAUCCGGUAUUCAACACUAACGGCCAGCAGAUCUCGCGCAGUUUGUUUCAGCAAUUCCUGGAUCAGUAUCGCAAAUUGUGGGGUGUGGCUAGUGAGCAGGCGCACGAGGAUGCCGAGCUAGCCGCUCUGGUAGCCGAGUUCCAGGAGUUUAACGCCGAGAUCCAAAAGCUCGACGAGCACAUGAGACAGCAAGCAGCGGAAGCAUCCUCCGCCGAUAGGAAUCUCAACGUUUCCGCAGCCAAAACUCCGCUGGACAAGCGAUCCAUGACGCUGCCAUUGAAAUCAGCAGGAGAAUCUACGUUCGGAGAGCGUACGUCCGGACGCAGUGGAGCUGGUGGAGUACCACUAACACCCCUGAUGGCCAAACUAUCUGUUCUGGCUCUAAGCGAAACAACGCCCAUCGAGAUACAAACUCCGCUGACAACCAGUAAGGUUUUCCCACGGCGAAGUUCACUGAAGUGCGAGGAUGCAGUGGAUGCAUUGGCUGCCUUGACCACAGCCCCUGCUCAACCUCCGGGUCCAAUUCAACCAGAUGGCUUGCAAAGAACUGAACUCUACAUAUGCGGACAGCAGAAUAUGACCUUAUUAUUGCUCAUGGAGGAGGGUACUUGUCAACAGCAGCAGGUUGUGCAGAAGAUGUUCGACAUUUGUGUGGCCAAGUUUCCGCACAUGGAAUCUCAACUGAAUCAGACCUUAAACGUCAAUGUGGAGGGCGACAACCGCGACGGCAGCAACUAUAGCUUCAUGUGCGUGGACUCCAAGUGGGAUGUUUUGCAGCGGAAUGGCCCUUGGAAUCCCCUAGAGCUUAACAUCCUCGAGAGCAUGCACUCGAUACAUUCCAGUGGUCACCAUCUAACAGAUUUGAUCUUGAGAUCCCACGACUCCGUUUAUUAUGGCCAUAAGAAUGGAAGAACCGAGUUCUUCUACAAGGAGCCUACCCAUCAGAUCAAUGGCAUACCACCGCCCUCGGAUCCAAUAGGCAAUAUACAUUCCCGCGCCAAGUCGCGACUGGAACGUGAUCAUUCCUACAUGCUGUUCUAGACUGUACAGUGGAUCGUAUAUUAUAAACAUAUUAAAUACUCGCAUGCUUAGCCAAAAAACAGAUAAUGUAAUCGAGGACACCAGAUAGUCUGGAUCCCCGAAGAAUAGCCAACUUUAUGCCAUCCACUGUUAUUUCAUUUGCGAUCUCUGGCUGAUUCCCUCGUGAGUCUUCUGAUUUGUAUAGUGGUUAGAUAAUGAUUCCAUAUCAUAUAAAAUGCAAACCAAGGGAACUCAAUUUUAAACGAUCUAAAUUUUACUUCGACUUUUAUACAACAAAUUUAUACGAAACAUUGCCCAACUUUUUAACCGCCAUUCAAUGGACUCACGAAGGAAACCAAAAGAAUUUUAGAUAUGCCGCUUACAGCCAGCGAAUAAUUAAGCCUUGUUUAAAUUUUCACUUGAUUGAUGUAAAGUACAAAAAUGUUUUAAGCUUUGUUUACAAUGUCCAGCACUGUUGUUUAAUUUAUAAGCUUGUAUCCUAUACAAUUAUUUUAAUCAUUUUGCAUUUGCUUUGACCGAAAGAUGCGACAUUUUGCACUGAUUUCGAGAGCCAAAGAAUUUAAAUCAAGGGUUUUAAUUGUAAAUAUACAUUAUACAAAAUUAGAUUCAUUUAAAUGGAAUAAUGUGUAACUAACCUAAAAUUCACACAGAUUCCGUGUUCUGUCCAGUUGCAAACAUAAACCUAACUUAGCUGUUUCUCAUUAUCAAAGAUUAAGCGCUUUGUGCCAAUUUAAAUGCAGGUUAAAUGCUAAAUUAAACCGUCAAAUGUGUAGGAAC